CAAUGUAUCUCUCUGUCUGCACCAGGUUUGUCUAAGAUCCUAUCAGGCCCACUGGCCCAGAGGUAUGAACAGCACCCAGUCCAGCCCUGUCGCCUUCUUCAUCAUCCAGGGCCUGGCCAGUCUGGGGGAGAAGAAGAUGGUCCUGUUUAUCAUCUUCCUGCUGGCCUACACCAUCAUCCUCGGAGGAAACAUCAUGAUCAUCUACCUGGUCCGGACCGACCCGAAGCUGGGCUCCCCCAUGUACUUCUUCCUCCACAACCUGUCCAUCGUGGACAUGAUUUACACAACGGUCACCAUUCCCAACAUGUUGUCAGGCUUCCUGACUGAGGUCAAGACUGUGUCCGUCCCCGGCUGCUUCAUCCAAAUGAACUGUUUCAUCCACAUGUCUGUUACCGGCCGCGCCCUGCUGACCGCUAUGGCCUACGACCGCUAUGUGGCCAUCUGUAAUCCUCUCCGCUAUGCCGCUGUGAUGACCCGCCCCGUCUGCCUGCUACUCAUCAUUGGGGCGUGGACCUUCGGCGCCAUCUGCACCUUCCCAACCACUAGCAUGGCAAUGCAGCGUUCAUACUGUGGACCCAACGUGGUGCGCCACUGCUGGUGCGACCCGUCCUCAGUGAGGCUACUGGUGUGUGGGGACACUCAGGUGGACAGCAUUGUGUCACUGUCUUCUGCCCUCAUAGCGCUGCUCACCACGGGUGUGCUCAUCCUCACUUCCUACAUCCUCAUCGGUGUGAAGAUAGCUAAAAUGGGCGCUGCACAGCGACUGAAGGCGUUUAGCACCUGUGCCGCCCACCUGACGGUUGUGUCCAUUUCUUACAGCUCAGCUUCAUUUGUCUACAUCUCCUACCGUGUGGGAAACUUCUCUCCAGAGGUGCGUAUCAUCGUGUCGGUGCUGUACUCGGCUGUGACUCCUUUCCUGAACCCGGUGAUCUACAGCCUGAGGAACAAGGAGCUGAGAGCGGCCAUCAAGAGGGCCUUCUGCCGACACAGAGACGUCUCACCGCAGGGCCACAAAACACUCAACACACUGUCCUGACAGCAAAACAUUCAAUACAAUCCCCUUUAAAAUAUAUUAAAUAUUCGUGUUUACCAUUUGGUUCAUGGUGUAGGUUGCACAAAUGUAUAAAUCUGAUUUAAUAGUUUGAAGUUUAUUGAUAAGAACCAAAAAAUGAAAUAACAAUUGUACAGUCCUGUUCAAUCGCAUUGUACAAACUACCAGAUACAGUACUAAAUGGUAUGUGAUUAUACUUGUUAUUAAUCAAUACCAAAGAAACAACAGUAAUUGUUAGGUGAUUAUUGUGUAAGUACAAUCUCGCAAUAUUAUUUCUUAAAUAUCAGGGAAAUAGCACACUGUCAAAUAAAGUGUACCAACAGAUUUUGUUUUUGUGCCUCUGCCUUCUCUGUAGGCGUCACAAAUUAAAAUAAAACUUUGUACAAUAAAAUAUUCUAUGUUGGUUUGCAUGUGGAAAUUAAAUCUACAAAUGAUUCAUGGAACACCCCCCCAAAACUUUG